AUGUUGAAAACUGUCAGGCGGCAGACUGAGGAGAAAGUUGUAGCAGCAGCUAAACAUGUCGGCUUAAAAACCACGAAAGGUAGAGAAUGAGAACAGGGUGUUUUAUGGCGAGUGGACCGAGUCAUUUGCAUUCAUUUUACCCGCAGGAAGCACACAGCCAAUUGAAAGUAGUCAGUUAUUGGCAAUACAAAUGAAGUGAAUAUUUCAAAAGAGUAAUGCACUGUAAAAAAAUAAAUAAAUAAAAAUCCCUGGACCCAGGCCUGCAGGCAUUUCAUUCAGGUGGACCCACUGAAAAUUUAUAUGAAGACCCCUGCUAUAGACCUUCAAAAUUCACCAAGAAGUGGGCAAGGUAGGACUCAAACCUAUGACCUCAGAAGUUCCAGUCAGUGUUCUUAUCCUCUGAGCCACUGGGACACACAGGAUUUUACCACUUGUUUCCUCUUUCACUUUCCUGUCUAGACACUAGACUUCAAAAUUCACCUUGUCCCGAACAAGGCUCGAACACACCACCUCAGGAGUCCCAGUCAGUCUCCUUAUCCUGUGAGCCAUGUGGACACACAAGCGAAUUGGGUUCUUUUUUCACAUAUCGCUGUCCUUUGUGGACUCGAGAUUUUAAAAUUCUCCUAGAACUGGACAGGGUAAGACUUGAACCCACGAUCUCAGGAGUACCAGUGAGUCUCCUUAUCCCCUGAGCCAUGUGGACACAGAAGACCAUCAUGUUUUUUUUUUUCAUAUAUCACUGUACUUUGUGGACACUAGAUUUCAAAAUUAACUUAGAACUGGGCAAGGUUGGACUCGAACCUGUGACCUCAGGAAUCCCAGUCAGUGUUCUUAUCCUCUGAGCCACUUGGAGACACAGGAUUAUACCAUUUGUUUCCUCUUUCAAUUUCCUGUCUAGACACUAGACUUCAAAAUUCACCUUGUCCCAAAAAAGGCUCGAACACACCACCUCAUAGUAGGGUCUGUUAACUUGAAAAAAUGGCCAAAUUGUUAUGCGGUGGAUAAAAGCACCAAAUUUGGUACACACAUUCUUCAGGGUGUAUCUCAUCAUCUCAGAAGGGGUGCCCAAAAAUGCAUGAGUGAAAAUGGCUCAAAUGGAGGUCGUAUACCUGACCCAGUACAAAAGUCUCUCGUUGAUUUAUUUAGCAGGAAAAAGGGAGUCGAUCUCUGCUGCUCUGAAACCACAUCUGAGUCCAAAAACAAAGACAAAGAAUAACUUCAUACUGCAAAACCAAGUGUGACGCCUGUCAGGAAACCUUAUAAAUCACAGCAUGAAGAUGGCGGGGGGUUAUUAUUAUAUGCCAUAAUAAGGUGUUGGUGUCUCUGCAGGUGUAGGUUACCGUCGGUGUCAGAGACGUGGUGCUCGUCGGAGCUCGACUCCCUCUGGAUCACAAAUGUUGAUCAUCAUCAGUUUGAUUGUUUCUUCAGAAACCACAAAAUCUCUCUGAAUGACCCGCUGAUACAUCCACAGAUAACCCUGCAGAUGACCAGCUUCAGUCAUUUCCCCCUCCACAAAAGCAGCUUUAUGACUUUAUUUACUUUAUGACUUUAUUCUCCUAAAUUUACAACUUUAAUCUCUAAAUCUUAAAAGCAAAAAAAACCUCAAUGUUGUCCUGAUCCUCUGCUGUAGUUUUGUCAGCUUUCUUAUUUCUAUGCAUGCUUGAAAAAAUGCUAAGCACGCUUAGCAUCUCGUGCCAAAUGGGACACCGUUCGCGCUGUCGUGAUGUCAUGCACGCUUCAAAUGCACCGUUCGACGGUGCAGAAGGGCACUUAGCCCGAUGCGGUCUCUGAAAUGAGACACAGCCACAGCCUAUCACUCCUUAACUCGAAGUCGGCGUGAUCUUCUUGUUGCUCCACACUGACCUCUAGUGUCCACCUGAAACACCUCACCUGUUAAAUCCUAAAGUAUUUCCACGGGAACAGCCUAACCUGAAACAUCAUGAGCAGGACACUGUGGUUGUUGUUGUUGUAGCUGCUGCUGAUGAUAAUGAUGAUGAUGAAGAGGUCAAAUAUGUCUCAUUAGGAACCAUUUGCUGCUGAUCAGCUGUGAUGUCACCAGCUGUCACAGUUCAGAGAAUCAGCGCCAUUUUUGCAGGCGAAGGGCGAGGGGUUUAAUGAGGCGGCUGACAGAGGAGGCAGCUGAUCUAAUGUUCUCUGAUCAGACUCUCAGAGAGGAGCAUUACUCCCAAACAUACAGAUAAUAAACCCGGACGGACGCCUCUCCAUCAGCUUGUUUUCAGAGACGAAUCAAACGGAUGUUCAAUAAAUAAAAUAAAACACAGAGUGACACAGAGUAAAAAUACACGGCUGGUGUUAUUAAGGGUGGAGGAACACUUUCAUUAUCAGAACAUUAUUUCAGAACGUCCUGAAACUAAGACAAACACAUGUCAACAAGGAAACUACAAUCAUCCUGAAAGUGUGUUUUUUUAUAUAUCCUCUAAUGAUUUCACUGCAAAUAGGAUAAUAAAAGUCUUUAACACACACACACACACACACACACACACACACACACACACACACACACACACACACACACACACAGGUAAAUAAACAUCUGAUUGUCCAUCCUGCUUCACUUGAUGUUUCUUGAUGUUUACCUCUCACAAGGUCACCCCCGCCCCGCCCUGCCCCCCCCCCCCCCCCAUCAUUACCCCCUGAUGGUCAUGUGACCUCCCUCCUCUCAAGGGGCCUUUAAAUGCCCAUCUGACCCCCGAGAGAGAGAAAGAGACGACAAGGAGCCACAGCGACAGGUGAGUUACCGUCGACCUUUAGUGAGGAUUUCUUCAUCUCUGUUGAUUUGAAGCGGUUUAACUGACUUCAUAAAAAUAUAUAUGAAUACUUUAAAACCAAACAGUGAAAUAAAAUGUGUUUGAAUUAUAUGAAAUAUGGUAUUGUAAUAUAUGAUUACGCAAAACAAGUGGAUUUACCAGUUAACUAAGCUGCCGAAACAAUAUCUAUUAUUAUUAUAACUGUUACUAUUAUUAUCAUUAUUAUAAGUAUUAUUAUUUCCUGUUGUGACAAACUGAUACUUUAAUUCCUUGGUCUAAUAGUAUCAUGUGUUUUAAGCUUUCUUUACUGUCUCUUCAGGUUAAGUGUUACUUAGAUUUCUUUAUUAUCAUAAACAAACUGCAGAUGUAUCUCUUUAUGAUAAUAAUAAUAAUAAUAAUAAUAAAUAUUGUUUUGGCAGCUUAGAUAACCAUUAAAUCCAUUUUUUUGAGUAAUCAAAUAUUACAGUAUUACAUUUCAAUCUAAUAAUCAUGAUAAUAUUAAUAAUAACGAGUAUAAUAACAGUGAUAUUUUUUUAUUUAUAUAAAACAUUAAAAAAUCAAGAAUGACAACACAAAAAGCACCCGAACAACACUGUAAUCCAAUAUUAGAGGAAACCAUAAAAUCCGAUGAGAGUCCAGGAAACAACAACAUGAACUGAAGUGGGGAAAAAAAGGUAAAACGUGAAGCGAUAAGGUGGUAAAAAAUAAGUUAAAGUGAAAUAACAGAAACUUAAAGGCAAUAACAUGAAAUAGGAAACAUAAUAAUGAGAAUGAAAUAGAGUUAAACAGGAAAAAUAAAUGUAUUAAUCAAUAAAAUGAAGGAAUAAAUGUCAUAAAGAAAUCCAGGACUGAAUUGAAACCAUUUUAAAAUCACAGACUGACCCUGUGUUCUCUCCUCCAGAGGAUCUUUUUGGAGAAGCUGAGGAUUGUGGGAGUUGCGGUUCUUCUCUCUAACAGCAGGAUGUUUGGAUCUGUGCUGCUCUGCUGUUGCUCCUUCACUCUGCUGCGUCUCUCUUCCUCUCUGGUUCAUGGAAACAUCCCGCUGGAUGACGGUCCGGCGGCAGGACGCCGAGUUGACUCCUCGUACCUGUCUGACAUCAGUGAGUAACACCUGGAGGUCCAACGCCACCUUACCUGUCACCUGUUGAGAUGUUGUUGUUGUUGCAGGGUCUGAAUCGCAGAUGAAGGGGUGAAGGUUUUCAGAAGGUAAUAAGAACUUUUUUUUCUGUCUGGUGUUCAGCAGAGAGAGGUCACGCCCCCGACCCCGUGCAUGACCCCGACCUCCUCCAUGUGGACUCGGUGGAGGAUCACUUCCUGAUGGACACAGCCUCCUACGAUGAGGUGGGUGGGGCUUAUUUGAUUGAGUUAAAUCCUCCCGUGGUCGAAACAUUAAAACAUCUUCGCUCUCGUCUUCAGGACUCGUCAGCAGGUCUGCAGCUGCAGGGUCGAGCCAUGCGCUCUCCUCGCCGCUGCAUCCCCCACCAGCAGUCCUGUCUGGGUUACCCUCUACCUUGCUGCGACACCUGUGACACCUGCUACUGCCGCUUCUUCAACGCCAUCUGCUACUGCCGCCGAGUGGGCCACGCCUGCCCACCCCGACGCACCUGAUAUGAACCCGGUUGAUAUAAGUUGAUAAGUUAACGCUCUUUCUGUUCCAUGUUGUAUAAAAAGUGCUCUUUGUGAAUGAAGUGUGCAGUAAAAUUAUAUUUUCAGAAGUCAGUGAA